AUGAAGGACUUCCUGGCGCUCACGGCUGAAGAAUUUCACCUCAGGACGGCUCACUCAAAGCUCCUGGGCUACUGGACGUCAGAGAUUGGCGGUCUUAACCAGGUUGUUCAUAUAUGGGAGUACGACAGCCUGAGUCACCGUUCUGAGGUGAGGGCGAGGUUGGCCAAUGACUCGCAGUGGGUGGGUCGCUACUUGAGUCGGGUCAUUGGGAUGAUGCAGCAACAAGACAACGUCCUCCUGACUCUGUUGCCCGGCACCUCCCUCAACCUCCCUUCUGACCAAG